CCUUAGUUCAAGAAAUGCUGAACACCAAGGUGCCGCCACUGGGAAAAGGCGCUUGCCAUGUCAAGUUGUCUGCUACUGUGAUGGUAUUAGACGGGCCAUGCCAUACAAUAUUACCAUCGACACCAACUCGGCUCUCCGGCACUCAGCUGCCAAAGUCGAGUCCACGCGGCGAAGACGCGGGCGUUCCGCCUGGUCCUGCAUUCAGCGACGCGGAUAUGAGAGUUGCAUCACUGGAGAGGGAUAUUCAGUUCUUACAACAGCAGCACAGACACACCCUGCAUCAACUUCAUGCCGAAAUCGAUAGUCUCAAAAGUCAAAACAAAGAACUGCAGUUCAAGCUGAUCAUGGAGCCACUGAAGUCAUACAGAAAAGGCUCGAGCUACAGAGGUCAAAGGCCUCAGCCAGAGGGCCAGAGGUUCCUGCCAGAUAGAGGAAUCAUCCUGGAGCAAGAUCCCAGUACUCCACAAGAAAAGACUGGUGUCAGUGGUACUGAAAAUCCAGCUGCAGUCCCCUCUGAAAGCGCAGAAGGGCCCAAGCCGUCCAAGCAGGGCAGCCGGUCGGAGUUGAUGGGGGGUCUCAUUACCUCCCUGCAGCCCCUGAUGAUCCAGUGCAGUCCCUCCCAGCCCCCACGCCCCCCCACCCUGCAGGAGUGUGAGGUCCUCAUACGACAGCUCUACAACGCCAACAGCUUACAGUCACAGGAGAUUUUGCACAUUAAGGCAGUCCUAAGAGAUAUCAUCUUCAGUAGAAAAAUCACCCCCGAGAACUACAUCAUAACAAAAGCCUACCUGAGCAGUGGAGACAGCAGAGCUGGGGAUACAGCGAGGUUUCCAAAUCUACCUUUCCGUCAACUCCAAAAGAGACUCCCUGUUUCCCAGGCAAGUGUGGCUAAGAGAGUGAUCCUUCCUGCCCUGAGGCAAAGCCAGGGCACCAGUGUGGCAGAGAGACAGAGGAGAGCGCAAGCCGUCAGGGGACAUCUGAAGAGGACUGUACACAAAGACAGCACCCAGCGGGCAACAGCUGCGUUAAAGCACCCAUACCAAAACUUCAACACAGGCUAAGGGACAUCUCAGGGCACCGUUACAGAUCCUUAUAGAGUUCUG